CGCUCCGCCCCGGCGCUCCGGUCCCGCCCUCCGCCCGGCUCUCCGCAGGCGCCCUCCCCUCGCCGGGGGCUGCGAGUUACGUUUGGUAAAACCCAGCCCCGGAAUAUAUAGAUCAUUUGAGCGCAAUGAAGUAGCCUUUGGAGGGGAGAGAGGGGGCCGGUCCGACAGCCACAGCGGCCAGCGCAGCGGCGGCGGCGGCGGCACCACCAUCCGCAUCACCGCUCGCACCCCAGUCGCCCGGCCCGCGAGGAGGCAGCGGCGGCCGCCGGCGGGAGCGGAGGCGGCGGCGGCGGCGAGGCGAGGAGGAGCCGCGGAAGGAGCAAGGGCGCUCAGCCGGCGGGUCCACGCAUCUCAGCACUUCCAGAGCAACUCCGGCGCCUUCCACACCCCUGCCCGGGGCUGGGGUCUCCGAGUGCGGCCGCGAAGCCAACCCCUAUCCUCCCAGCGAUCCUUGCCCAGCCCUGUCCUGCGCCUCCCGGGCUCCGCUCCGCGCGGCGGGGUCCCCGCUCCUGCGCUCCGGGAGCGCCUCCCGGACACCCGGGUUCCCGCAGCUAGGACAAAGCCAUGAAGCCGGCGCUGCUGGAAGUGAUGAGGAUGAACAGAAUUUGCCGGAUGGUGCUGGCCACUUGCUUGGGAUCCUUUAUCCUGGUCAUCUUCUAUUUCCAAAGUAUGUUGCACCCAGUCAUGCGGAGGAACCCCUUUGGUGUGGACAUCUGCUGCCGGAAGGGGUCCCGAAGCCCCCUGCAGGAGCUCUACAGCCCUACCCAGAGAUCCUUGGAGAGAGUUUCUCCACCUUGGUUGGAGCUCUCCAACACGGCGGUCCUGCACCAGAUGCGGCGGGACCAGGUCACCGACACCUGCCGGGCCAACAGCGCCAUGAGCCGCAAGCGGCGGGUGCUGACCCCCAACGACCUGAAGCAUCUGGUGGUGGAUGAGGACCACGAGCUCAUCUACUGCUACGUGCCCAAGGUGGCGUGCACCAACUGGAAGCGACUCAUGAUGGUCCUGACCGGCCGGGGCAAGUACAGCGACCCCAUGGAGAUCCCGGCCAACGAGGCGCACGUCUCGGCCAACCUGAAGACCCUCAACCAGUACAGCAUCCCCGAGAUCAACCACCGCUUGAAAAGCUACAUGAAGUUCCUGUUCGUGCGGGAGCCCUUCGAGAGGCUGGUGUCCGCCUACCGGAACAAGUUCACGCAGAAGUACAACACCUCCUUCCACAAGCGCUACGGCACGAAGAUCAUCAAGCGGCAGCGCAAGAACGCCACGCAGGAGGCCCUGCGCAAGGGCGACGACGUCAAGUUCGAGGAGUUCGUGGCCUAUCUCAUCGACCCGCACACCCAGCGCGAGGAGCCCUUCAACGAACACUGGCAGACGGUCUACUCUCUGUGCCACCCGUGCCACAUCCACUACGACCUCGUGGGCAAGUACGAGACGCUGGAGGAGGAUUCCAAUUACGUCUUGCAGCUGGCGGGCGUGGGCAGCUACCUGAAGUUCCCCACCUACGCCAAGUCCACGAGAACUACUGAUGAAAUGACCACAGAGUUCUUCCAGAACAUCAGCUCGGAGCACCAGACGCAGCUGUACGAAGUCUACAAACUCGAUUUUUUAAUGUUCAAUUACUCAGUGCCAAGCUACCUGAAAUUGGAAUGAAGGUGGGGGGGGGGGAGGGUGUGGGCGGGGAGAGGGGAGAGAGAAUCGUGCUUUUUUUAAUUUAAGAUUUUUAUUUGUCAAAAAGAAUUAUAUGGAUAUUGGGUUAUUUUGUAAAUUAAUAUUUCUUUGGGGAUUGAUGCUGCGAGCAGCAUGGUGAGAAUUAUUUAAAAUCCUUACUAGGGAAGGACGGCUGUCUUGGCAGGGGACUAGGAUGGGUGUCCUUGUUUUUUUAGACGUGAAUCCGACACUGUCUCAGAGCUUUCUUUGUGUUCUGGUGAAUUCCAUGAAUUGUGCAUUCCAUAAAUGCUAAUUAAGUUAUUUAUAGUUAUUUAAACAUGGUCUCUGUAUAGAUUUCUUUGGGGGGGGCAACAAGAUUUUAAUGUCUUUUCCGAAGAAAUCUAUGUUUUCAUUCUGUGCUUGCAAACAGCUCCUGCAGGGGCGUGAAUGUUCUCCUUACUAACCGCUCAGAGUCACUGUGAUAACCAUCGUGCUGUCCAUUGAUGCCACCACUCUUAAAAUUCUGCUGGAAAUAAAUAGAGGCACCUUUGCAAGGGACUGAUCCCAAAACUGAUUUCAGUCAUGUCAUGCUAAAGUGAUUUUUUUUUUUUAAUCCCAAGGAGAGAGCUGAUUGUGGCUUUUUUCCCCCCACCAGAAUUAGCAAUUUGGUAGAAUAGGCUUUUGUACAGACAUUUGUAACUGGCAGUGCCAGUUGUGAUGAGGGUGAAGUGGCUGUUGCUUUACGUUCAACAAGUAUUUAUUGAGCAACUACUAUGUGCUAGGCCUAAUUCUAGACCCUGUGGGUAGGGCAUUGAACAAAACCAAUAGUCUCAGCCCUCAAGAAGCUUUACAUAGACACAGAGUAUCCAGCUCGACAGUUAGCAAACCCCUGGUAUCCGUGGACUUAAUGUGAGGUUUGGACUCUUCAUGAACAACCCCAGGAGGAUCGGAUCCCUACAGAUUUGCAUUUUUUAUGGUCCAGUUUGAAAACCACAUGCUUGAAGUAGGCCACUUAACGAGUAGUCCAAGCUCUUUGCCCAACACAAGAGGUGACCAAUUCCCUGUCAUGUGCCCAUUCCAGUUUAUUGGUAAUAUUUGCCUUUAAGCCCCAGAAGAGAUUUGCCAGGCAUGGCAUAGAAGAAUGCUGUGACUGAUUAGUGAUGUCUGCCUUGGUGAGGGAAAGGGAGAUAUUCGCCCACUGCCGCCUCCUGUCAUUUCCAGCCGAGCAUUCAGGUCUCCGCCCAGAAGUGUUGUUUUCUACUCUUUACCAUGUAAAAAAAGAUUGAAAUUUUGUGGCGGGACUCUGACAUCAGAGGAUUUGCAAUGGCCUGGCAUUUCUACUCCUGGUGAAGGUCAGAGGCAGACUGUUUAUACACACAGGCACAGGCAUACCCUGUCCUGUGUCCUCCAGAGGCCAAGAGACCAUCAGCGCCUCCGAGACCACCAGCAGUGAGCAGCAAGGACCACCUUCUGGGAUGGUAAUCCACGCCCCUUCCCUCUGGAAGGCGGGAAACUUUCCAUUUCCUGUUCCUGGCUAAUUAACGCCCGCACAUGCUUCUCAUUUCCAAGGCCAUGGUUGAAGUUUGAGCCACCUCCCUCUUACAGCCAGUGAAUGAGUUGGUAGCAGAGACUGUAUAUAAUAACAAUAAUAAUAAUAGUUCUAAUAAUAGGGGGUGGGGGGGUAAGUUUUGCUUUUUGUUUUUUUGACUCAGUGUAUAGCACAGAGGUGAGAGUAUUCUAAACAAACAAAAAAUGAAUAAUUUAUUCACAGAAACUAUUAAAACUGUAUCAGCAAGCUCACAGCCAGGUCAGUGAGUGAGGCGUGCACUGGAGAGGGUGGCCAAAGCUAUUUAUAAAAUGUCGUAUACCUUCUUCCAAGCUCUCUCUCCCCUUUGUGAAGGGCACAGCGACCAUCCCCUUGAUGAAUAGAGAUGUAUGCAAGUAGAGUGACAGACUUCAGCUCUCUCUGGUAUUAUUAUCCCUGGACCCUAUGACCAAGCAGAGGAAACUGUCCUCAGAGACAAAGCUUCUACUAAUGAAAGAGGUUUCUGGCGUUUCCUGAUAACGUGCUUCAGAGAACACAGGUUCUCCUCAGACACAAGUUGGUGUGAUGCAAAAUAAGGGUUUUGUGGUCAGGUGUCUUUGGGAAACAAAGUGAAGUCCAUUUUCUUUCCUGCAGGACUUUUCAGAGCCCUGAUUGUGUGCUGUGUGUUGUGAAUCCCCAGGAGCAUCACUGAUUGAGUCCGUGGCAUUUCCUGACCUUCCAUGAGCAGGAUGCUCUAUUUUAAAGACUAUCUCACAGACCUAGCCUUGCACUCUGUAGGCUUUGGUUAGGUCAUUUUAGCACAUCUGAGGUCUUCUAGGGUAAAAACUGCUUCCCUCACCCCGCCCCUCCAAAAAUGCCCAAAACACAGCAACAAUAAACAACCACCACUGUGCCCACCUGAUUUAUGAUAGCAGUGAAGGUCGUUUACCGAAUGAAUUCGGUAAACGAAUGAAUUCAGUUUUUGCCUAAGUGCAGUGGUUCUAAUUCUGGGUAUCACACGGGCCACAGUUCCCUCCCUGCUGCAGGAAGCAGAGAAAUCUUGGGUGGUGUGGACAGAAAAGAGGGAGGGGGUACAAAGCUUCAGUUAGAUCCCCAGCACUCUAGCUUAAGAUUGCUCAGUGCAAGCUGACUGCUCAACCCUUAACGAGUGCUUCUUCAAUUCUACAGUUUGGAAUUGUUCACUAUGUCCUCUUUGUAGAUUUCCCAAGCUUUGUGUUUCUGCGUCUCGUCCAUUUUUGAUCAGCUAUGAUGCCUUCUUUCAUCCAUCUUCUCCCUCUAGUGAGAAAGAGUGUCCUUCAGGACCAUAUGGCAGUGUGGUUCAACCACGAAGGGCUCUUUCUCCUCGCGUUUUGUGUUCAUAGUUUAUUUUCUAAUGCCAUAAAAACUUAAAAAAAUAAUAGAUUCAACCGUUUUUGCAGAAUGUAGAAAGAACUCUGUGUCCUUGGUUAAAAAGAAUCCAUAGGUGAAAAUGUGCCUGGAAAAUGAAAGUUCUGGGUUCUUUUGUUCCUUUUUUCUUUUUUUUUUAAGAAAACUGAACAUGCUUUCUAUUGCAUGCUUAGCUGGAGAAAAGUACAGGCAGGUGUCCCAUCUCCCAGCGACU